GGGAUUACGGCUCUCGGGCGGUAGUUCACGUACAGCUGAUUUGCAACCCGCCGAAGCAACAGCAGAGAAGGAGGAAAAAUGUCGCUGGCUUCAAGGCGGACCGUUCUAGGAUCAGUGUCCUUUUAGGAAAAGUCAGACGGCAGUUCGAAUGAAACUUCUGUGGUGUUGCCAUGAGUGAUUACAAGCUUCAUGAAACUAUACAAAGAAAGUGAAAUGUUCUAAGACUUUCAAUGUGGGAAGUUUUACCUUGUCUAUAGAGAGAGUCAGCUUACCUUCCACUUUUGUCAGGUCAGCUUUAACCAUAACCGUUUCAGAACAGAGAAGUAUACUGUAACACUACAUGGGCCUCUAAGGUAACCUGAUCUGAUAAUUAAAGCCUCUUGAGCCUCCUCCCUCAGCUAGAAAGGUAAAAUUUCAGUGAAAACAUGGACCCUUCUACUAGGGUGGUGGGUCUGGAUGCGCAGGGGAACAUGGUUUUCACAGUGGUAAAACCAGUUAUGGGCAUCUUUCAGGUGUCUUCAGAGCAAACAGGUAGUGUUGCACAAGGGGGCAUGGGGCUACAGGGUUUAUCUGAAAACACAUUGAUCCUCCCUCAAGCGCAUGGCCAGGACCAGGUGGAAAUGCACACCCUACAGCCUCAUAUUCAGCCCCAGAUGCAGGUUUCUGCCCCAGUCCAGACUGAGGAUGUGUCCCAAAAUCAGGACCCGCCACCAAACUCAAGCACAAAUUCAGAGUCCGCUACCCAGAUGCCUUUUGCAGAGGUGUCGUCACUCCUGGAUCCCAACAUGAAAGGAUCUAAGGCUCGGAAGUAUCUCAUCUCGUAUGAUGAAAUUAAACGUCGCCUGCAGGCCCCGGAGAAGAUGUCCCUGCGCUCCUUGGCAGCUUACACUCGGGUCAGCAGAGGCCCGGCCAGCAAGAAAACACUACUGGAGUCACUCAGUGUACUCGGCCUCACGCCAAGCACAACUACCUCUGUAUCCUCCUCUUUCUCCAAACUCACUGAAGGUGACUCCGGAGCUUUGUGUGAUGAUAUGAAGGAUUUUGCCCAUGACUACAUCGACUACAGCAACAUGGCUAAACAGCUCAUCCCCCAGAUGAAUACAGUUCAACACUGGUCCAAAAUUAUUGAAACUAAGAACCAUCUUGAGGAUAUGAGAAAAUGUUUCAAGGACCCAGUCAAUAGCGGCGCAUUUGACAAUGUCACUCAUGGCCUGGGUCUAGGAAUGUUGGACGUUGCACUGGACAUGGUCAUUAUGGUAAUUGAACAGCAGAUUCGGAUCCUGUCCGGCGCAGCUGCAUCAGACCCAGGUGACUCUGGUCCGCCAAUGCGGCGUAUUCGCAGGCGCCACCGCAAAACCCGCUCGACUGACAACGAGAAGUCUCUCAAGGUGCCUGGAGGGGUCAGUGAGCAAGGGAAGGUCAUUUCAAAAGGCAAGGGCCGAGGCAGAGCCAGGAAGAAGACGAGGCAGGAAACUGGAGCAGCUGGUCCUGUGGAGACCCAUGCAGAGCAGUGCAAGCCAGAUGAUGUGGAGAGUAAUGUCCUUACCCUGGUUUCUGUUGGAUAUGAGACUGUUUCCAGUGGUCUGAAUGCAGCCGGAACUGUUUGACACCUGGUCACAUAAGUCUAAAGAACCAAACAUAGUCCCAUUCAAAGGGAUACUAAAUGUUAAAGUCCAACUUAAAGAAAUAGUUAGACAUUUUGGGAAAUACACUUAUUAGUUUUUUUGCCACAAGUUGAAUGAGAAGAUUGAUACUACUAGUAAAUACAGUUUGUAGCUGGAGCCAGCAGCUGGUUGUCUUAGCUUAGAAUAAAGCCUGGAAAUAGGGGGAAAUAGAUAGUCUGGCUCUGUCUAAAGGUAACAAAAUCCGUCGGACUAUUUCUUGGCCAUAAAACAUUAAAUUGUAGGUUUUACACUUUGGUUUUUGUACAGAUAAAACAAACAAUAUAUAAUGUGUGAAUUUGCGAGCUUCAGAGGUGCUGGUAGGCGGAUUUUGUUACCUUUGGACAGAGCCAGAGCCAGCUAGCUGUUUCCCCCUGUUUCCAGUCUUUAUGCUAAGCUAAGCUAACCGGCUGCUGCUACAUAUUUACCGUGCAGAAAUGAGAGUGGUAUCAAUCUUCUCGUGUAACUCUGGGCAAGAAAGCAAUUAAGCAUGUUUCCCAAAAUCUCAAAGUAGUCCUUUAAGUGAAUCCUCUGUUUCUUUAGUAGCAGGUUUUGUAUUUAUGUAGUCUAACUGAAUCCAGCCAUGUAUUAUUUUUUAUGCUAUCAGUGAACACCGAUGUAUGUAUAAAUGUAAACAUGUUGAACACUGAGAAAACCUUUCCAUGCACAGGUACAGCCCAUAAUGUACAACAGAUAAUAUCAGAUGUCUGGAUUAUAUUUUUUGCUGUUAGUACAAUGUCUCCUGUUUCCCUGUUGUAUUUAUUGUUUAGAUUUCUACUAGAUUGUUGAAAAGUCUGUUUAUACUGGAACCUCAAGAAUUGAGUAAAAUAUAAAGAUUUAAUUUUCA